GGCCCUUCCAAGUUGCAUCAUCUAGGCGUGUGGAUGGCGAGACGACGCCGAGCCAGCAGUGGACCAUAGCAGACAAGACGGACAGUACAGCCGCGUGUUUGGUACGUCGCCAUGGCAACCCCCGCCUGAUGAUGUGGUGUUGUUGGCUGUUGAAGGCUAGCUGGCAGUGACACUACUAGUUGUUGGCUUCUUGAGAUGAUCUGGUCUUGUGUACAAACCACUCUGACACUCAGAGCCAACUCUCUAGCCUUUGUCCUUGUCUUCUUAGACACCACCUCUAUUCAUUCCAAGACCUAACAGCUACUAUGUAGAGAGAGAGAGAGAGAGAGAGAGAGAGAGAGAGAGAGAGAGAGAGAGAGAGAGAGAGAGAGAGAAAGGCAGAACUGCUGACUGAGCACUUUGCGGCGAAGAUGACUGUCGAUGACCCCGGGAGGCCUCCACCACGCCUGGAACAGGAGACAGCCGUGACGGUCACAAUCCUGGAGGUGACGAGGGAGAAGGUGGAGCUCCUGCUGAGAGAAGUCGAUGUUAGAAAGGCCACAGGGCCAGACGACGUCAGGCCACGAGCCCUGAAGGACUGCGCAAGUGAGCUGGCAGGGCUGCUCACAGGUCUUCAUAUGAAGGCCUGCCUGGAAGAAAACACUUGCCCCUCGGUGUGGAAGGAGGCACGCGUGGUGCCACCAGUCCACAAGAGGAGCGCUAAGUCUAAUCCAGGCAACUACAGACCAAUCUCCCUACCGUCUGUCUGACCAGACUGAGGCUACCACCGCGAGCUGCCAGGAGGGACACGAGGACGGUGUCCACUACUGAUCAGCUUGUGGACGUACCAAGGUCACUGUCUAGUCAGCACCUCAGGACCUAUACUGCAAGGACUGCCCGCCUGUGGAAUACCUUCACCGCGGCCACACCAGCUAUUCAGCAAAUGUCAACAGCGCAGGUGAAGCUGGCGGCACAGAGGUGGCUCUUCCAACCCCCUGGCGCUGUUAAUGACAUGAACACUUCCCCUCUGUGCAACCGUAAUUUUUUUUUUUUUUUUUUGUUGCUUCAUUUUAGUAUCUAAGCUUUGUAAAUAAUUUUCAUAAUUAUUAAUAAUGUAAAUGUUAAUUUUUUAUCAUUGUCUAUAGAAAUAUUUAAAGCUUUUCAGAUAGGGCACAAGGCAAAGUGACCCUUUAGACCUGUGGUUUAUGCAUGUAUGUAUAUAUUG